AUGAUGAGCGAACAACGGUCCGCGCCGGUGCUGGUGGACGUCAAGACCCUGGUAGUGAGUUUCGCCAGCGACUUUUUCGCCGGUGGGGUCGCCAGCGGCUUCACCAAAUCUGCGAUGGCGCCGAUUGAGAGGGCGAAACUGCUCCUUCAAGUGCAGUGGGUCCACACCGACAUUCCGCCAGAGCGCCGCUACAACGGCCUGUCCGACUGCAUCCGCAGGGUGUACAAGGAGCAGGGUCUGCUAUCGUUUUGGAGAGGCAACACCGUCAACAUCGCCCGGCAUAUCCCGUCUCAGGCACUCAACUUCUCCCUCAGGGACAGGUUUCGAGAGCUCUUCGGCCUUGACACCGUUCCCAUCGACCACUUCUGGAAGUUCCUGGGCCUAUCGAUGCUGUCGGGUGCGUCUUCCGGCGCGGUGUGCCUGUCCGUGCUCUAUCCGCUAGACUUCGCCCGCACCCGGGUGGGCACGGACGUCCGGUCCUCGGGCAACAGGCAGUUCCGCGGGAGCUUGGAUUGUCUCCGCCAGGCGUACUCGACCGUGGGCCUUCGAGGUAUCUACCGAGGCUUCGACGUGGCAGUGCUUGGCGUGGGCGCGUGGAGGGCGCUCUACUUCGGCUUGUACGACACCUUCACCACCAGGUUACUCGGGGGGAGGCAGGGCGGCACGCUGCAGGAGCGGUGGGCAGUCGCUCAGAUGGCGACCUCCACGGCAGGAACGAUCAUCUACCCGAUCGACUCGGUGAGAAGGCGCAUGAUGAUGGAGACGGGCAGGAAGGAGAGGAUGUACAAGAGCAGCUUCCACUGCUUCCGGACGAUGGUCGCCACGGAAGGGUACCGCGGCUUCUAUCGGGGGCUGUCGGCGAACCUCAUCAGGGGCAUGGGGACGUCGAUUCUGCUGGUGCUGUACGACGAGAUCCGGGCCCUCAUGGAAGCGACGCAUUGA